ACCGUACUCUUUCACUUACUCUUCCUAGUUCGCGUGAUGCCUAAUCCUCAAAGCGCGUCUCUCCAAAACAUAUCCAGAUUAGCUCGAUCCAUCAAAGACAGAUAUACGCCAUUGAAUCCCCCUGCCACUGUUAGCACCUCGAAACAGCAGCCCGAUAUCAAUUUGGCGCCGGCUCCACCAAUCCGGGCAAAACUACAGCCUCUAUGCCUGGACACCAGAGUUUUGGAGGAUCUAUGCAGAAUAUAUGACUGCCAGGCUGAAAAGCUCCGAUCCAAUACAGAAGCGACUUUGCAGCGGACUUUCCAUAACCUCGCGCGACUGCCAGUGGACACUAGUCUGACCCCCAUACAGCAGACUACGGAAAAACUUGUGAAGGCUUUCACCCGUCGUUAUCAAACGGGUCUUGAAGGACUAGAACAGCGGGCUCUUGCUGCUGCUGCAAGAUCUUUGCCCAUUGCUUCUUCCUCGCAAUGGGUUCCUCCGCCAUCAUCUUCUCCCCGACACAGUUCCGCAUCAUCCUCACGAUCCACAAGCUCACGCUCAAGCUCGAGCAGCUCGGGCGUGCGGUCGCGAUCAGGGACACCCACGAGCGAACGCGCGGCGUUCAAAACGGAAUAUGCGCCAUUCCUGCAGCGGUACUUCACAUACAACGCGUACCCGUGCGGUGCGGACCGGAGUGCGAUGGCGGAGAAGAGCGGGAUGACGGCGUCGCAGAUCAACGUGUGGUUCCAGAACCACCGCGCGCGGCUGCGGCGGGACGCGAAGGCGCGGGGAGAGGCGGCGCCGGUUCUGCGGCGGGUGGAGACGUGGGAGCGCGCGCCGCUGGAGUUGUGUCUGCAGGGAAUGGGGAGCGUGGCGGCGGCGCGGCCGACGAUGCGGCAGGUGGUGGACGACUCGAGCGAAGGGUGGGACGGGCGCUCGGACGGGGAUAUCGAGGACCCGGAGCCUGUGCGGGAAGAAGUCAUGGCGGAGAAGCGGACACGGAAUGUGCUGGAUGCCGUGGACCCCCCGCCGCACGCGUUUCCAGCGCGCAACACACUCGCAUCACCUGCGGCGAUCAGGGCCACGACGGCGUUUGCCUUUGAGUGUCCGUGGCCGCGCGCUGCGGCACCAUCAGCACCAUCGCCGCCGCGGCGUGCGCCGCUGAGCAUGGGGGAGCUGGCGGGCCGGUUUGCGGGACUGACGACGCGCGAUGUGAUGAAGACGCCAGGGGACGGGUAUGCGGACGGGGUGACGCGGUUCCGCAACGCGACGUACUGCGUGCAGCCGGUGUCGCGCGCGCUGCGCACGCCGUGGGAACUGUCUUGCCCGUCGUCACUACCACUACCAACACCUGUGGCGGGCCGGCCGAGGCUGCGGGUGUCGGCGGCCUUUGCGCGGCAGGCGCCAGCGUCGUUCCCGCGUCCUGCGUCUCCCGUGGAGUCGUUCUCGGAGAUGGAGUCGGAGGCGGAGUCGGGCGGGCCGAGCACGCCUGUGGAUGCGUUCCCGGUGCUCGAUCUUGCGGGUGUGGUUGUGGCGGGGGAUGAUGACCCGCUGGAGUGUCUGUUUGACGAGACGGCGGGGGCGUGGUAAUGUGUGAUGUGUGGGUGUCUAUGAUUAUGGUUAAUGAUAAUAUGUUAUAUCUCUCGCUCUCUGCUGUAUUGUAUGUAUAUACGUGUGUGUGUAUGAUUUCUGCUGGCACAUUCAAAUAGAUGAAUAUAAGAACGGAAUGCAGGUAGUAUGAAGUGCCCUGUACUCGAACCAGUAGGGUCUAAACUAAACAAGCGAGCAGUGACCUCGGAUUGAAGUGCCGGUCGGCGACGAGGACCGUACGCGCACACGACCACAUGUCAGCUGCUGUUGCUGUCGCUGUUACAGACGUUGGGGGCCAUCUACUGUACUCGUCAUGGACAUAAUAUAAAAAGGCCGUCCAGACCGUACUCAAGAUAAGUAACUUUUCGAUUUUUGGC